AUGUGUGCGUUGUGGAAGUCUGGAGCACUCAGAAGAGAGUCUGUAGAAGCUGGUGAGGUGCAAGCGAAGCCCAGACGAAUCUCCCAAGAUGGGCAGAAAUCGAGGAAUCCUCCUCCACAGUCCUUGGCACCAACUGAUUGUUUUCUCUCUGAGAUCUCACUGAUUAUCAUCUUCAUUAUGAUCGUCUUUCUGCUCCUGCUGGCAACUCUGCUGCCAAAACUGACCUUCACUGCCCAUGUGAAUGUGGGUAUAGUGAAUGGCACGGAAGCAAAACCCCACUCCAGACCUUACAUGGUUUCUUUUCAAGCCCUCUUGGGUGAUACCUGGGAACAUAACUGUGGUGGAUUCCUAAUUUCUGAACAGUUUGUCUUGACUGCCGCACAUUGCCAAAUUAAAACAAUGCCUCUGACCGUUGUUGUAGGUGCUCAUGACCUGAAAAGUACAAAGGAGGGUUCUGACCGCAUCAAACUGAAGUCCUGCCACCCGCACCCAGACUAUAAUCCAGAUCCAAUACAGAAUGACAUUAUGCUUUUGAGGUUACAGAGAAAAGUCAGCAGAAACAAAAAUGUCAACUGGAUUUCCAUACCAACAAAAGAAGGGGACAUUAAAGCAGAUUCUGAUUGCAGUGUUGCAGGCUGGGGAAGACUGAGCACUAAUGGCCCAAGAAGCACAUGCCUCAUGGAGGUCGAUGUGAAGAUUAUGGAAAACAAAAAAUGUGAAAUUAAAUGGGAGGAGGAGUACUCAGCUUCCCAGAUGAUGUGUGUAUAUGGUAAUGGAGCAAGCUGUGAGGGGGAUUCAGGAGGUCCUCUGGUUUGUGGAGACACUGCAGUCGGCGUCACAUCCUUCGGUAGCAAAUAUGACUGCAAUUCACAUGAGCACCCUGAAGUUUAUACGAAGAUUUCAGCAUUUCUUCCAUGGAUCCACAACAUCACUGGAAAUGUUAACUGAAUUGCAAAUAAAAAGUAAAAUAAAUAUUUCUCCAAAUUGUGUUUAUUAAAAGGAUCAAGCAUCAAUCA